CCCGCGCACGCGCACGCGCGCCUCCACGGCCGGGUCGCGGCUGGAGUGAGGAAACGCUCUGUGGAGCAGCGGAGCUACGCGCUGCUUCCACAGCUGCUGAGGAGGGGAGCAUGUCUGCAACUCGAGCCAAGAAAGUGAAGAUGGCCACCAAAUCGUGCCCCGAGUGCGACCAACAGAUUCCUGUUGCAUGUAAAUCAUGUCCCUGUGGUUACAUAUUUAUUAGCAGAAAACUACUGAAUGCAAAACAUUCAGAGAAAUCACCAUCUUCUACAGAAAACAAGCAUGAGGCCAAGAGGAGGCGGACAGAGAGAGUUAGGAGAGAGAAGAUAAAUUCUACAGCAAAUAAGGACUUAGAAAACAGAAAGAGAUCUCGAAGUAACAGCCAUUCAGAUCAUAUCAGACGAGGAAGAGGAAGACCUAAAAGUACACCUGCCAAGAAACAUGAAGAAGAAAGAGGGAAAGGAACCAGUGUUAACAUCCUUAAUAAGAAGGGGAUGCAACUCGAGCCUUGAGAGGCAGCACAGGGGAAAGACAAAACAUGCCUGGAAACAGUCUUCAAGGAUUGCUUUAAAAUAUGAAAACCGCCAAAAC